UUGUGUUUAAAUGUUUGUUUAUGAGAAGUACAAGCGUCAAUUUGUUAAUGUUUAUCUGAAUUCUAAAGUUUGACAUUAAACUUUAAUUAUUUGUUACUUAACGAACAAUAAGUAGACACUAAUGAUGAACAUGAAGUAAAUAUUAUAUUUUAAUAGUCUAAUAGAAAGCACUAUGCAAUGUUGCAUUAGUUAAUGAAAAUAAAUGUUAUUAAAUCAACAUAUAUAAUUAUGUUUUAGUAUUUUCAGAUAUUGUUUUCCAAUAUUAUACCUAUAAAUCCCAUUCAGAUUGAUUUAAAAUUAAGAGCGCUACAAAACCAUAUAUGGUUCAACAUCACUUCUGGCAUGAGACGGAUGGCCUGAAAUGUGUGGAUAGGGUGGGGCGUGAGGAGAAGACAAGGAUGCUCACGACUCCCCAGAGUGACCUCCAUCAAUCCAUCCAUUUUUGUCGGUAUUAGAAGUCAUGAACAACAGCAUUUUAUACAAUCCGGUCCAGCAAGAGAGAAUAAAGACAUUGAAGAUGUAAUGAAGUUAAAUCAGGAUUAACAUACGACACAACAUUCCCAAGAUGUUACAUCUGAAGAAACUACUGCUUUGUGUGUUCUUUGUUACAGGUAAGAAAAUGUAUUUGUGGUUUAUAUUCAGUCAUCGAUACGUUUUAACAUUGCAUUCAUUUCAAAUCAUUUUUUCACGAGUUUGCAGCGUGCAAGUACAACAAAAUGUAAAUGUGUUUAAAUACGUCUCUUAUUAUAUUAACUCGAUAGAUUUUUCUAUGAUGAUAGUGAAAGUGAAACCAACAUUUUUUUACUUUAAGCCACACAUACAUAUAUUUUUAACUUUAUUACUAGUAAUUAAUUCUAUUUAUGUCAUUAUUUAUUCAAUUUGUAUAUUGCAUUUUGAUAAUUAUAUAUUGAAGCAUAGAAUAGGCAUUGGCCAGGGCUAUUCAAUUGGCCCCCGAUGUAAUUUGAUCUGGCCCUUUAUGUAGUCUGUGAAAAAGACAUCUCUAGAAUAAAUGUAUUUAGUUGGACAACGGGCCCUACAGUUACGAGUUGAUGCGCAUGUUUGUAGAAAAAGCUUACUCAGACAUCUUACAAUGCACUUUACUUUCCACCUCCUCUGCCUGGAGAUUAUUGAAUUUUGAGAUGGUUCUCUGAUUUCUGCUCCAUUGCUUAACCCCUGUUCCGACUGUUUGGAGAAAUAUUUUAACCUCAUCAAACAUAUCAUGUGUCUAUUGGCUGUUUAGAAUCGCAACUAUGAACUAUUCACUCUUCUAAUCUAAGAACUAUUGAGUACUAAAUUAAAAUACAGUGGUGCCUGGCUAUUGCUUCAGUGAGUUUAUGUACUAAAUAUGAAAAAGUGUAUCUAAUUAUUGAAUAGUCUACAGAGAUGUAUUUCCUGGAUAUAAUACAAUUUGGAAACACUUUCUAAAUGUCUUUCAGUUGUGUUUGGUGUUACUGGAGAUGAAGUGGAGUCAGUGUCAGUCAUGGAGGGAGAUUCUGUUACUCUACACGCUGAUAUUAUUGACAUACUGAAAGAGGAUCACAUACUGUGGCUGUUUGGACCUCAGGGGACUCGUAUAGCUGAAAUCUAUAAACAUUACGAUGUCUGUGAUCCAUGUGAGAGCUUCAAAGACGGACUGAAGCUGGACAGUCAGACUGGAUCUCUCACCAUCACAAACAUCAAAAUCACAAACUCUGGACUUUAUCAACAUGAAAUAAUCAACAGUGACGUGCCUUCCAACAAAAGAUUUAAUGUUACUGUCUAUGCUCGUCUGCCCAUUCCUGACAUCACUCGUGUCAGUAACUCUUCAAAUUGUUCCUUGUUAUGUUCAGUGUUGGAUGUGAGAGAUGUGAGUCUGUCCUGGUAUAAAGGAAACAGUUUAUUGUCCAGCAUCAGUGUGUCUGAUCUCAACAUCAGACUCUCUCUAUCUCUGGAGGUUGAAUUUCAGGAUACAAACACAUACAGAUGUGUACUCAACAAUACCAUCACAAACCAAACUCAACAUCUCAACAUCAAUGAUCAAUGUUCAGAUUCCAGCAGCUAUUUAUAUUGGAUUGUCCCUGCAGCAGUGAUGGCUGUGGUCUUAAUUCUAGUAGCAGGAGCUGUAGCUGUCAAAUGCUAUAAGAGAAAUCAACAAACAGCAAGAAAGAAUCAAGAAACAGAAGAGGCACAAAUGAAUCGCAUAAACAAUUCUACGGGGUCUGGCAGUGAUGGACAUUUGGUUUCAAAUGGAGUUUCACACCACGUUUAAUGCCCUCCAUAGUAUGCUGAUUUUACAAGCAGUCAAAAUUUUUGGAGCCUGAUGAAAUCUGCCAGCACUGCCAGCAAUGUGAUAAAGAGAGGUGGAUCACCAACAAACUGUGCCUUUACAUCAAAGACCAAACGAUUGUUCACCUUAAGCAUUUUCACAUCUGGCAUAGAGACGGUUUUAGCAGUAACAACAUAAACAAGCGGUUUUCGUUGUCAUCACGUAACUUCUGGUAAACUCCACUAAGAAAAAGUCCUUUUAAAGUAGUUUAUUUAUAUAACAAGCAAAAUAAUCAACACGUAGAUUACCUAGGAAACCAAAACAUUUGUUAUUUUCGACAAGGUAUUUGUUUAAGAGUUGAGUUUAGCAACUACAGCAACUAGUCAGAUCAUUAAACAAACAGAAACCGGAAGUAAAGUUCCGACCAAACAAUCACUUGAUCUAUAGAUGUUACUGAUCAAGAUUGUAUUUUACGUCAGUAAAACCCAUUAUUCAGAGGUCCAGCCUAUAAUUUAAACGAUGAAAACUAACAAUUUUGUCAAUCCGACUGAAUUUAAUCCAAAUGAUGUUUUAUUAACGUAGUUUGGGAGGGAGAGGAAAACGUCAAACAAACUAUUAUAAGCUGUCUACAAUCAGCUAAUCAACAUAUCUACCCAAUCAGCACAAAGGCAAACCCGUAUAUAAUCACAGUCACACACCUAAUCCUUUCAUUCUUAACCUACAGAACAAAAACAAUCGGAUCAGAUAAAGGUUUUUCAAUACGAUUGAGCCAUCAAUAUCAUUACAAACAGAUUGUUUGGUUGCAUGUAAACGUAGCUAUUGUAAAGUUGGCUUAUAGCACCAAAGCAGACACAUUCAUACUUGUUGAGAGGAGAUAUCAAGAACAUUGAGUUUUCUAGCAUUGCUUAAUAUUAGGAAUAGCAUAUUUUUCUCUGUCUUAAAAGUAAUACUGAGAUUAUGCUGAUUAUGCCGUUUGAGCCACAUUUUAAAAACACUGUCCAAAACUUUCUUCUUUCAUCUUAGGUUUUCAUCUUUCAGGGUGUGCAAUAUACUACUGCCAGCAUCUUGAUUGUAUCUAAAAUAUCAUAUUAUAGAUAUUUUGGAGUCUUUGCAUUGGUUUUAAAGUGGUCAUAGCGUGAAAAUCAGACUUUUUCCAUUUUUAAUUGCUAUAAUUGGGUCCCCAGUGCUUCUAUCAACCUAGAAAAUGUAAUCAAGAUUAACCCAGUAACUUUGUUUGGGUAAGCCAUUUUCUGCAAGUGUGUGAAAAAUUAGGUCGUUCAGAAUUUGCCUGUUUUGUGAGGUGAUAAUACCACCCCCUUUAUCUGCAAUAUCCAACCACAGCACUGCCAUAGUGCAGAAAGAAAGAGAGAAAGGAAAAAGUACUUGACAGCACAAUUGAGUUUCAAUUACAACAAACCACCAUCAUUGUGAUCAGUGGUUGCACUUCAUCCGCUCAUUUGCA